UGGGGCUGACCGAAACGAUGGCUUACGAUCAUUGUUUUCCCAUACGCAGGUACGGGACGAUUCCAUUUGGAAUCUCAUUACACUUGGAAGGGUUACAACAAAUCUGGCGCAACGCGCUCUCAUGGACGUGUCUGUCGUUAGGGCAGCGUGAGGUGACCAUUACUGCGUACAAAGAGUUACCUAAAAUAGAGAGCUUUUGUGAGGCGGGAGGAGGCGAGGGGAGGGGGCGGGGCGGUCGCCGGCUGCCCGCCGGCUCAGUCGCGCCGCGUCAUACGACCGCCUCGCACGUUCGCGCGCUUCGGAACGACGCACGCGCACGCGACACCCUCCGCGCCCCUCCCGCGAACACGUGCAUUCACAACCCACCGAUGAUUUUUGACUAACAAUCAUGCAAGAGCAAAGUUCGUCGCGUUCAAGCAAAUCUACCUUGAACUCACUCGAAAGCGCAAUCCUCAAGCUCAAGAACAAUCUUCAGAUACAAGACACCAAGAGCUCCUCAGACAUGAACAGCGUUAUAACCGUCGACCCGCCGUCACCCCGGCCGGAUACGAAAAGCAACACAAGUAAGAGCCCUAGUACAACUACAACUACGAAUCUGAACUUAUCAAUUGCAUCAGCGGCAUUGUUACAAGAAAACAUGCUACAAAGAUCUCUGCAAGGUGUUGUCCUAUCUUUGCAAAACGCUAUGAUGAAUUCAUUACAACAAGCCGCUUUGCUGCCUUCGAACUCAGCAGCUGCCGCCGCUUUAAAUUUACAAGCAUUGGAAUCUUAUUUGACUUUACAACGUUUAACAUCAGUAUCAUCUGUAAGUAGCACAAUUCAGCCUAAUACUUCUGAAAUCAAUUCGACGUCCAAGCAGGACAUAUUGAGGAUAGCGACGGCAAGCGCAAAGAUAAGCGAAAUUGAUGCAACUGAAAAUACUUCUCGGGAUUUCUCCCCAAAAACCCCUGAAGACUAUCAACUGUCUGAUGCUAUAGCUGCUGAAGAUGUAGACUUAUCAGAAGAAGUGGAAGAAGACUUGGCUUUAUUAGACAACGAAGAUGACUUCACAUUAGAACAACAUUUGGAAUCGACAUCAAAGAGCUAUGGCUAUGGAUCGUCGAGCUUAGACAAUGGGUAUCCAAGCCUUUUAAUGAAUUCCAUGUAUCAACAACAAAUGAAUGGAAGCCCGUCUCAGGCACCUUUGUCACCGCAAGCAUCAAACACAUCUAGCUCCAAAUCAACGAAUAGUUCAACAUCUUCAACAGGUAGCAAUAUAUCAACUAAGCAGAAGACGACUGGAAGCGGACCUAGGACAAAAAAGCAGUUUAUUUGCAAAUUUUGCAAUCGACAAUUCACAAAAUCAUAUAAUUUGUUGAUACAUGAAAGAACUCAUACAGAUGAGCGGCCAUAUUCCUGUGAUAUUUGCGGCAAAGCUUUCCGACGGCAAGAUCACCUUAGAGAUCACAGGUACAUACACUCGAAGGAAAAGCCGUUUAAAUGUCUGGAAUGCGGAAAAGGUUUCUGCCAGUCACGAACACUAGCUGUCCAUAAAAUCUUACACAUGGAAGAAUCGCCUCACAAGUGUCCAGUGUGCAGCAGAAGUUUUAAUCAACGAUCGAAUUUGAAGACGCACCUUCUCACUCACACAGACAUAAAACCUUACAACUGCUCUUCAUGUGGGAAGGUGUUCAGGAGGAACUGCGAUUUGAGACGCCACAGCUUGACACACAACCUCGUUGGAAUCUCUUCCGUAGCCACUUCACCUAAUGGCAGCAAUGGCAAGAGUCCUAUUUUAAAUCCAAACUUCCCAAUUGAUGCUCUUGAUACUGAAGACGAAAACUAAACGGCUCUUAGUGAUACCUAUUAAAAGACUUUAAUGAUGUAGUUUAGUAAAAGUAAAAGACUGAAAAAGUGCAUCAUAA